ACUAUUACUUUAAAUAUAAAAGUACAACUUUUAUAUACCUAUCAAUCGAUGUCUGAAAGUGUAUUUGCUCCUGUCACAAUCCUACGUGGAUCAUCAUUGUCACUAGAAGAGUACAAGGCGCGUAAGGUUGCUUUAGUAACAGGCGUCACUGGUCAAGAUGGGUCCUACUUGACAGAGUUUUUGCUCAAAAAAGGUUAUGAAGUUCACGGUAUCAUCCGCCGUUCGUCUUCGUUCAAUACUGGUCGUAUCGAGCACAUCUACAAAGACCAGCAUGAACAAGGCGUAAAGUUCUUUCUUCAUUAUGGUGAUAUGACAGAUUCCACUUGUCUGGUGCACAUAAUCUCUCAAGUACAACCGACCGAGGUCUAUAAUCUGGCAGCCCAAUCACACGUCAAGGUCUCUUUUGACAUGUCAGAAUACACCGGCGACGUGGACGCUCUUGGCACUCUGCGUCUAUUGGAUGCUAUCCGUACCAGUGGACUGACCGACCGCGUUCGGUUCUAUCAAGCCUCGACAUCUGAGUUGUACGGUAAGGUGGUUGAAACCCCUCAGAAAGAAACCACCCCAUUCUAUCCUCGUUCUCCUUAUGGUGUGGCUAAACUGUAUGGCUAUUGGAUCGUCGUCAAUUACCGAGAGUCAUAUGGCAUGUAUGCUUGUAAUGGUAUCCUGUUUAACCAUGAGUCACCGCGUCGUGGACGUACAUUUGUCACUCGCAAGAUCUCGCGUGCUGUGGCUGACAUACACCUGGGACGCCAAGAAUGCCUUUAUCUUGGAAAUAUUGAUGCCAAGCGUGAUUGGGGACAUGCUCGCGAUUAUGUAGAGGGAAUGUGGUUGAUGCUACAACAAGACACCCCAGAAGACUUUGUUCUUGCUACUGGUGAGACCCACACCGUAAGAUCGUUUAUCGAAAAGGCAUUCGCAGUUACUGGCCGUAAGAUCGUUUGGGAAGGUCAUGGAGUUAACGAAAUCGGAAAGGAUGCUGAUACCGGCAAAGUGCGUGUGCGUAUCGAUCCAAAGUAUUUCCGCCCAGCCGAGGUCGAGUUGCUUCUGGGUGAUCCCACAAAGGCCCACAAGAAAAUGGGUUGGAAACGCAAGGUUACCUACGAUGAAUUGGUUACAGAGAUGGUUGUUGCCGAUAUCGAAGGUGGCCUAAAUAACGAUACCUUCAACUGAAAGGAUUAAGUCUAAUGGAGAUUAUAUUUUUCUUUAAAAUAAUAAUAAUAAUAAUAAUAAUAAUAUACAUUUCUAUCUCUAUAUGAUUGAAUCCCAAAAUUUGAAACCAAAAGAAGGAAUU